UACACGACGACAUUGCAACGUAGUUCGGUACUUAACACAUGGUGUGGAAGUGAACUUCUAUCUUCUGCUGUAUUUAAAAGAAAAUUCUAGUAGCAAGCGAGAAAGAAUUUGCCGAUCUAUUAUUACUCUUCUACUAUAGUGCAAACCAUUUCCUGUGACAAAGCUACAAAAAUGGAAGGAGUUAUGGGUCCUAGAGAAUCAGGACAAUAUAUAACAGAAAACAGCAAAGAUGUUUUUAUUUUAGACAAAGGGGUUCAGCAGUUAGCAGUGAUACUGUAUGAGAAAGUGAAGUCUGGGAAAUUUGAUGUGAAAAUUUGGCGUCGCCACGAGUUAAAUGUCCAGACCAUGGAUGAAGAGGCUGUCAACUGGGUAUUUGUGACAGCUGUCCUGAAUUUUUCCUUCUGGUCAGAGAAAGACACAGAGAAGUAUCUGGUCAAGUACAAGGGCAAGGAGCACUCUGGGUACUGGGCUCUGGUCGCAGCUAUCAACAGGGCUCUUGAUGAGGGAUAUGCCAUUACAAGCCCAUCCUACUAUGCUUCCAUAGACCUGAAUACAAUGAAGACAAUAUUCAGAUCAGAUUCUGACUUUGAUAUUCCGCUGCUUGAAGAAAGGCACAGGGUGUUAUUGGAAGCUGGUAAAGUUUUGAAUGAAAAAUGUAACGGAAGUUUUGCCAAUGUCAUCAAAGCAGCUGACAAACAGGCCCAAAACCUGCUAAAACUAGUACUUGCAGACUUCCAGAGCUUUCAAGAUAUCCAUGAAUAUAAAGGCAAGAAAGUUGGAAUCUACAAAAGGGCUCAGAUACUCAUUGGUGACAUCUGGGGGUCAUGUGAAGGUCAAGGACUUGGGGAGUUCAACGACAUUGACACAAUCACAAUGUUUGCUGAUUACAGGAUCCCCCAGGCACUGGUCUAUUUUGGUGUGUUGAGGUACUCAGACAGUCUGAUGGACAAGUUAAAGCAAGGCUAUCUAUUUAAGAGUGGGGAACAGCUGGAAGUUGAGAUCAGAGGUGUCAGCUUGUGGGCUUGCGAGCUGAUUCGAGAUGAAAUUGUUCGACUGCUGAAAGCUGAUAAAGAAGACGAGAUCUCAGUCAAUGCUAUAUUAAUUGACCAUUAUUUAUGGGACACUAGACGGGAAUUAGCUGAUAAAAUGGCUGACAUUCCAUACCAUCGGUGUAGAGGAAUUUAUUAUUGAGGCAGUAUAGUAUGAUGAUGUUGAGGAAUUAAUUUGAGGCAGUAUAGUAUGAUGAUGUUGAGGAAUUAAUUAUUGAUGCAGUAUUUUAUGAUGUAUGAUAAUGUUUAGAAAUAUAUUAUUGAGGCAUUAUAGUAUGAUGAUGUUCAGAAAAAUAUUAUUGAGGCAGUAUAGUAUGAUGAUGUUCAGAAAUAUAUUAUUGAGGCAGUAUAGUAUGAUGAUGUUCAGAAAUAUAUUAUUGAGGCAGUAUAGUAUGAUGAUGUUCAGACAUAAUUAUAUUAUUGAGGCAGUAUAGUAUGAUGAUGUUCAGAAAUAUAUUAUUGAGGCAGUAUUGUAUGAUGAUGUUCAGAAAUAUAUUAUUGAGGCAGUAUAGUAUGAUGAUGUUCAGAAAUAUAUUAUUGAGGCAGUAUAGUAUGAUGAUGUUCAGACAUAUAUUAUUGAGGCAGUAUAGUAUGAUGAUGUUCAGAAAUAUGUUAUUGAGGCAGUAUUGUAUGAUGAUGUUCAGAAAUAUAUUAUUGAGGCAGUAUAGUAUGAUGAUGUUCAGACAUAUAUUAUUGAGGCAGUAUAGUAUGAUGAUGUUCAGAAAUAUUUUAUUGAGGCAGUAUAGUAUGAUGAUGUUCAGAAAUAUAUCAUUGAGGCAGUAUAGUAUGAUGAUGUUCAGACAUAUAUUAUUGAGGCAGUAUAGUAUGAUGAUGUUCAGAAAUAUAUUAUUGAGGCAGUAUAGUAUGAUGAUGUUCAGAAAUAUAUUAUUGAGGCAGUAUAGUAUGAUGAUGUUCAGACAUAUAUUAUUGAGGCAGUAUAGUAUGAUGAUGUUCAGAAAUAUAUUAUUGAGGCAGUAUAGUAUGAUGAUGUUCAGAAAUAUAUUAUUGAGGCAGUAUAGUAUGAUAAUGUUCAGACGUAUAUUAUUGAGGCAGUAUAGUAUGAUGAUGUUGUGAAAUGUAUUAAUGAGACAGUAUUGUAUGAUGAAGUUGAGGGAUGUAUUAUUAAGGCAGUAUAGUAUGGUGUUAAAAAUUUUUGUUGAGGCAGGUAAAGAAUGAUGAUCUUAAAGAGUUUAAUAAUCUGACUGUACUAUGAAUAAAUCUAAGCAAUGCUGUUACUGUUACUAUUUAGAGAAAUAAUUUUAAAAAUAAAAAAAAUUGAAAUGUUA